AUGUUCCGCACAACAGUCUCAAGGGCAGUGCCCAGAUCGCUCAGAGCACCCACGACGAGGAACGUACUGUCAACCUUUGUCCAGCAAGCCGCUUUCAGAACGUCCACAAGACCAGUCAAGGCCUCAUCGAUACUUGCACUCACUACACGACAACCACUCCAACAAUCCCUCGUUCGAUAUGCCUCCGAUAGAAGCAAGAUGAAUUACGAGCGAGACACCGAGGGAGAGAAGGCUAUACAAGCUCAAAAAGUUGGUGCUCACCCUGAAUUGGUGUCCACCUCGUCUUCUGCGCAUCCUGUAGUGGGUGAGCUCGGAGUCGACGAUGCAGACAGGGAUGUUGAUAUGACCGCCAGUAUUCGAAGUGAUUUUACCACAAUCGUCGACACCUUCUCGCUGAAAGAUGUUCCACAAAAGGCCAUGUACAUGGGACUGGCUGGCGUGGUUCCUUACCUUGCAACCUCGCUUGCUACUGUCUACCUUUCCUUCGAUAUCCAGUAUGCUUCCACCCACGGACAAGGUAUGCUACUGGACGGCGCUGUUGCAGAGCAACUGCUUCACAUUAUCGAGCCUCUCCAGCUGGGCUAUGGAGCUAGCAUCAUCUCUUUCCUUGGUGCCAUCCACUGGGGUCUCGAAUGGGCUAAAUAUGGCGGUGAGCAAGGAUAUCCAAGAUACAUGAUCGGUGUCGUCGCAACUGCUGUGGCAUGGCCAACGCUUCUUCUUUCCGCUGAAGUAGGCCUCAUCACUCAAUUCCUCGCCUUCACCUUCCUAUACUAUACCGAUGCGCAAGCCUCCCGUGCCGGCUGGGCUCCAGGCUGGUACGGUAUCUACCGAUUCGUCCUUACCUUCAUCGUCGGAACCUCCAUCGUGGCCUCCCUGAUCGGCCGUGGUCAAAUUGCCGAUUUGGUCAGCAAGCCAUUAGGCCCUGCCGAUAGACUGAGAGCACUUCGAGAGCAGCAGCUAGCUCAAUUGGAAUCCGAUGAUGCAGAGAACAAGGCACGAGCUGCAGCUGAGCAAGACGGUGAUGAGGAGGAAGAGGACGACGAAUAG